AGCGGAGCCAGCCAGUGCGGAGCCGCUCGCGGUGUGAAGUUGAGCCUCUCCCCGGUAGCAUCGUGCUGUUCCCCCGCUGUCAGGUCUCUCUCCCCGCUCCGACAUGCUUCUCCACCCGCAGACAACAACAUGGGAUUCACCCGCUCCGGGAGGACACUAACCGCCGACUCUGCUGCUGCUCGUGUCCGUGUUCUGGUCUCCUUCAGCCGGGGAAACCCUGCAGCGCGACUCUGAGCGGGUUUUUCUUUCCAUCAGCCACCGCGCCGCCGCUGUCGUUCAUUUGUUCCCCGCCGCUUCAUUUAUGGACCGCGGAGGCUCCGAGUGAGUGUCCGUAAUUCCCGUUCACACAGCCGAAGAUGGAGACGGUGAUGGAGAGGGAGUGCAGCGCGCUGGGGGGGCUUUUCCAGACUGUCAUAGGAGACAUGAAGGGCAGUUCUCCAGUCUGGGACGACUUCAUCAGCAAGGCCAGCAAGCUGCAGUCACAGCUCAGGACGACUGUCGUCGCGGUAGCAGCCUUCCUGGACGCCUUUCAGAAGGUGGCCGACAUGGCGACCAACAGCAGAGGAGGGACCAGGGACAUCGGCUCAGCCCUCACCAGGAUGUGCAUGAGGCACCGCAGCAUCGAGGCCAAACUCCGCCAGUUCUCAUGGUGUUUCUGGUGCUGCUCAACCCUCUACAGGAGCCAGAUGGAGGAGUGGAAGAGAGUGGCCAAUACUCUGGACAAAGACCACGCCAAAGAGUACAAGAAGGCCCGUCAGGAGAUCAAGAAGAGAUCCUCCGACACUUUGAAGCUGCAGAAGAAAGCAAAGAAAGCUGAUGUUUUUGGCCGUGGGGACCUCCAGCCUCAGCUGGACAGUGCCAAGCAGGACGUCAGUGAUAAAUACCUGCUGCUGGAGGAGACGGAGAAGCAGGCGGUGCGGAAGGCGCUGGUGGAGGAGAGGAGUCGCUUCUGCUGCUUCGUCUCCAUGCUGAAGCCUGUCGUGGAGGAAGAGAUGUCCAUGCUGGGGGAGAUCACGCACCUCCAGACUCUGACAGACGACUUGAAGACUCUGACGAUGGAUCCACACAAGCUGCCGGCCUCCAGCGAGCAGGUACGUCCGUCUGAACCCAGCAGACCUCCAGACCUGUACCCGUCUGUCUGA